GCAAAGGCGCAAUGCAAUGUGCCAGGCACCGUGUCCGAGGCCUAAGUGUCAGAUGAAACCGUGGAAGCUUGCACAUCUAGUCUCUCCUCAGUGCAAUAUGAGAAGACUGUCCCAGUAGGUGCCUCCAUAGAAAAUGAAUCGGCCUGCAUGCCUGUGCAAGAAUCACAGCCUGGCUGCUCUAAAGACUCCGCACCGUGGCCCCAUGUGGAAGAGCCCCCACUUGACAGCCCAGUGGUUGCCAUGGAGAAAGAGAUCCGCGAUACUGAAUGCGGCCAAGGCUCCACUGCCCAGUGGUGAUAUCCAGAUUGCAGCUCCCCACGUCUACACAUGCAGCGAGCACACGUGUGUUUAUGCUGGCAGCAGGCAAGAAAUAAUUUGGGUCUCGAACGGCAGCCUGGAGCUAGCUGUAAUUUAUUGUAUUUUAACCUACUACAUCAAGAACCUCGAUUAUCCAUAUGCAUUUGCACCAUUCCUGGCGCUGAUGCAGAAACUUGUGCUUCCCCGCAAUGUUGUGCCUAGAGGGCUCAUAAAUGACAGAUUGAAGUGUUUCUUUCCUCUUCUGAAGAAAAUGAAUGUGAUUUGA